AUGGAGGUCACCAAAAUAGACUAUGAAACCAAAAUCUGGCUAGAAGACAUUUAUGGGUGUCCUUAUGACUUUGUCGAAGUGUUUGAUGGAAAGCAAGUUGCCUCACUGUCCAUGGGCAAAGUCUGUGCUGGGGCAGAACUCACCUUCCUCUCCUCUUCCAAUUCCAUGACAGUGGUGUUUAAAAGUGACGCCAUGGUCACCAACACAGGGUUCUAUGCUCUGUACAACACUGUUCACCAAGACGAAAGGCAGAACGAUGAAAAUUUCCAAUGUGGUGGUUUGCUCACAAAUAGUUCAGGCACCUUCUCCAGUCCUUGGUAUCCUAAAAAAUAUCCCACCAAUGUGCUAUGUGCCUGGGAUGUACAAGUGGAUAGCAGCGCUCACAUCAGACUCACCUUUGAAGUGGUCAAGAUAGAAAACUUCUAUGGCUGCCCUUAUGACUUCAUUGAGAUUUUUGAUGGUCCACAAAGCGAAUCAUUUUCCCUGGGGAGAUUCUGCUCAGAAACCAUCCCAGUAUUUACCUCUUCUUCAAACCACAUGAGUGUGGUGUUCCACAGUGAUGACAUUGUCACCAACAUAGGAUUCUAUGCAUCUUAUGAGUCUCUGAUGCAAGAUGAGAAAGACCCAGAUGUGGCACUCAGGCUAGCCAAUGGCAGCCACCCUUGUGAAGGCCGUGUGGAGCUCUACUACAACAGCAGCUGGGGCACAGUGUGUGAUGACAGCUGGGACCUAAGAGAUGCCCAGGUGGUGUGCCAACAGCUGGGCUGUGGAGGAGCCGUGGCAGCCACUGGCCGAGCACAUUUUGAGCGAGGCCUUGGUCCCAUUGUCCUGGAUGAUGUAGAAUGCAUGGGAACAGAAGCCAGACUAUGGCAAUGUCUGCACAGUGGCUGGUUUGCCCACAACUGUGGCCACCAUGAGGAUGCUGGUGUCAUCUGCUCAGCAUUGUUGGUAAAGCAGCCAGCGGUGUCCACUUCAACAGGUCUGGAUCUGCGGCUGGUGAACGGGACAAGAAGGUGCGAAGGCCGAGUUGAGGUGUACUAUGCCAACACCUGGGGGACUGUGUGUGAUGACAACUGGUCCAUAGAAGAUGCCCACGUGGUCUGCAGACAGCUGGGCUGUGGUCCAGCUUUGUCUGCCCUGCCAGGCACCAGUUUUAGCCCUGGGUCAGGCAGCAUUAUCCUUGAUGAUGUCAACUGCACAGGAAGGGAGUCUUCCCUGGCGCAGUGCCCUCACAGCGACUGGCUCACCCACAACUGCGGGCACCAGGAAGAUGCUGGUGUCAUCUGUGCAGAUUCUGAAGCUGUCGGACAUCCAGAUCUGCAGCUGGUGAGACUGGUCAACGGGAGAAGCCAGUGUGAGGGCCGCGUAGAAGUCUACUUCAAUGGGACCUGGGGGUCUGUGUGUGAUGAUCUUUGGGGCAUACAGGCCGCCCAAGUGGUAUGUCAACAACUGGGCUGUGGGAUGGCCCUGGCAGCCCCCAGGAGCAGCCUGUUUGGCGAUGGCUCUGGCCCCAUCUUCCUAGACGAUGUGAGGUGCUUGGGGACAGAGAGCAACCUAGGGUACUGCCGCCACCUCGGCCUGUCUGUGCACAACUGUGAUCACCAUGAGGAUGCAGGAGCCAUCUGUUCAGCUGUUGGCGUUGCCUCAGAUUUGGCAGAAGUGGCUCCCGUAGUUGGUCAGCUCAUGAUCAGGUUGGUGGAUGGAAAGAACCGGUGUGAAGGGAGAGUGGAAGUCCUCCACAAUGGCACAUGGGGCACUGUUUGUGAUGACCUCUGGGGAAUCGAGGAUGCCCACGUGGUAUGCCGGCAGCUGGCCUGUGGGAAGGGUCUCAGCGCCCUUGGGAAUGGCCACUUUGGAGAGGGCAUGGGGAGCAUCUUCCUGGAUGAUGUGCAGUGCCAGGGCAGUGAGACCUCGCUAGGCCUGUGUCAGCACCAAGGCUUGUCUGUCCACAACUGUGGCCACCAUGAGGAUGCCAGUGUCAUCUGCUCAGAGUCCCCUGAGCCUUGA